AUGCCGUGGGGCCACAGCGUGUCCCAGCCGGACGCCCUCCGCGCCGCGGCCCCGCUGCGUGUCCCAGCCGGACGCCCUCCUCGCCAGGGCCCCGCGGUGUGUCCCAGCCCCUGCUGCGUGUCCCAGCCAGACACCCUCUGCUCCAGGGCCCCGCGGCGUGUCCCAGCCAGACGCCCUCCACGCCAGGGCCCCGCGGCGUGUCCCAGCACCCGUGGUGUGUCCCAGCCGGGCGCCCUCCAUGCCAGGGCCCCGCUGCCUGUCCCAGCUGGACGCCCUCCACGCCGUGGCCCCGCGGUGUGUCCCAGCCUCCGCGGCGUGUCCCAGCCCCCACGGCGUGUCCCAGCCCCCAUGGCGUGUCCCAGCUGGGCGCCCUCCACGCUGUGGCCCUGCGGCGUGUCCCAGCCAGACACCCUCCGCACCGCGGCCCCGCUGCGUGUCCCAGCCGGACGCCCUCCACGCCAGGGCCCCGCAGCAUGUCCCAGCACCCAUGGUGUGUCCCAGCUGGGCACCCUCCGCGCCAGGGCCCCGCUGCGUGUCCCAGUACCCGUGGUGUGUCCCAGCCGGGUGCCCUCCACGCUGCGGCCCUGCGGUGUGUCCCAGCCCCCAUGGUGUGUCCCAGCCCCCAUGGUGUGUCCCAGCCCCCAUGGUGUGUCCCAGCCCCCAUGGUGUGUCCCAGCCCCCAUGGUGUGUCCCAGCCGGGCGCCCUCCACGUCGCAGCCCCACGGCAUGUCCCAGCCCCCGCGGCAUGUUCCACCCAGGCACCCUCCACGCCGCGGCCUCUGCUCGGGUGGACAGUGA